CUCACUGAGACUGGAGGAGGUGGAGCAGGUGGCAUUGUGUCGUUACUUUCGCUUUCUGCCUUGCAAAACAUUUCGCUUUAUUAUUUUUUAUGUGGCAGAAACGGGCUUUCAUCCCUUCAACUGACUACUGAUCAAACAUUUGUUGAGGGGUCUUGAAGCAAGCCAGGUAUAGGCUACCACUGAAUGUCACUUGAAAGUGAAUCAAGCAGUAGCCAAGAACUUCCUUCGAACAGGUAUAGCCUAAUUCCUGUUUAGACGUACGUGUCAAGCGUCAACAUGGGUCGACUGCAAACAAGUUAUGCAGUUAAACGGGGUCUAUGCAUGAUAUGGUUUGCUGUCUUUGUCAUCGCUGCAUUUGUACUGAAAGCGUCUGACUUCAACAAAGGCGUAUUCUUUCCUAGAGAGUUGCCUGUUCCACAGUUAAACACAGUGACAAUAGUGACAAUAGAUCCAUGUGGCAAGCUGAAGUUGUGCCCUGAUGACCAGUUUAGUUUUUACAUCUCCAGUGGAGCAGCCAGUGUGGUGCAGCCAAAAAUCUGCCUACAGAACCAACUGAUUCUUGGAAAUAUUAACAAAAAUGCCGGUGUAGGAAUUAACAUUGCUGUUGUAAACGGAAAGACAGGACAAGUACAAAACACUGGAAACUUUGACAUGUAUGGUGGCGACAUUGAGCCUUUGAUAAAGUUUAUACAGACCAUUGAGAAAGGAUCUGUGGUGUUGAUUGCAUCAUUUGAUGAACCAGCAACCAAACUUAACAGUGAAGCCCGAAAGUUGAUUGCAGAUCUUGGCAGCUCUGCCAUCAAUUCACUUGGCUUCAGAGACAACUGGAUCUUUGUAGGAGGAAAAGGAUUAACAAGCAGCCACAUGGAGAAGCUCAUUAAAAACAAACCAGGAACAAACAAAUAUGACGGCUGGCCAGAGAUGAUUGAACUGGACGGAUGCAUACCAAAGUAUAUGGAAUGACUUUCAGAUUGUUUUCUGUAUUUGUCAUCAAAGAACAUUCUGUGAUUCCUCAAUCAUUACUCUUUGCAGAAAUAGAAACUUGAGCUUUUGGAUGUUAAGCCCCACUCACGUCUGUACAAACUGCGAUACUAAUUUCUCUUGAUUUUAAAUGUCUGUUAAUAAAAUAAAAUGCAGUUUAAGUCUGUCAUAUGAACUCGGAAAUGGAUGCUCGACUUUGUGGCUUCCCCUUUUGUGCAGUCAGAGUAGUAAACAUAAAUACAACUGCAACUUUGAUGUAAUCAGUGUACUGUAUUGAUGAAAUAUAGACUCAUAUGAGAAACCUUUGUCAUAUAAAAUGGAAUAAACAC